UGACAGCCCGCUCGCUAGCUCCGGGCAGUCAAUCUAAAGUCUCCGUCAGGAUAGCACCGGCACUGUUGUAAAGAAAAUAAAACCGCAGAGAGCGCGAUUAUGCGAACAGCUGUAGGAAUCAGUGACAGGGGCCGGAUUUAUUUUUGGGGAUCGCGUGAGGUCUUGCAGUGCGGGGUUUGCAGAAGAGCAAGCCGGGGCGGGUGGAAGCGAUGGCGCUCUCCGGCCGAUUAGCCCUGCGCGUUCCCUCUUCAGGGCCCUGGGGUCCCCGAAAAGAGCUGCCCCCCUUCCCCGCCCCCGCGGCGGGGCAGAGGGAGGAUCGGAGCCGCACCGCCCCCGCCCGGCGCCCGCCCCCCCUCCGCGCUCCGGCUGGGGGCACAAACGGAAAGUUUAAAAAAAAACCCACAAAACUCCCCCAACCCCCUCAGAUCCAGCCGGAGGGGCCCGGCGGCGUUGAGGGGGGAGCGACUUUCUAGGGGCACUGGACAUAGAGCAUCUUGCACAAGUGUUCUAUAUGCUCAUGAAGAGAAGUCCCAGAAGACCACAGUAUACAGCAGUCACCAUGAAGAGCAGUAAGGAUGAAAUGGGAAAACCCAGCAGCGAAGGCUGAAGACUUCAGACAAGCUGACCUUCCCAAUGCUGAGCUGUAACUGCUCUGGCUGACCUGGUGGUGCAGUAUGAUUAGGAUGAGGAAGAAGAUACUGUGGGCAUCUUGCUUCUGUUUUGCGGCUGCCUUUUUCCUUGUGGUGACACUCCAGGUUAUCACAGAACUGGGCAAUUCAGAGACCAAGGUGUCAGUCAUCUCCAGUUUACACAGCGGCCCAUUAGAGCCUGUGGAGGGGCACGCUUUUCAGCUUAAGAAGCAGGAACUUCACAGCAGCUCCAAGACAGAGUCUGAUGUAAACCACUAUCCUGUUCUGCUCUGGUGGUCUCCCCUGACUGGAGAGACAGGAAGACUCGGUCAGUGUGGAGAGGAUUUUUGCUUCUUUACUAUCAACAAGACCUACCAGCACGAUCAGAUGACAAGGGCGUUUCUGUUCUAUGGUACCGACUUCAGUAUAGACAGCUUGCCCCUCCCUCGUAAAGAAUAUCAUGAUUGGGCCCUCUUCCAUGAAGAGUCACCAAAAAACAACUACAAACUCUUCCACGAAGCAACCAUCACCUUAUUCAACCACACUGCAACAUUUAGCCGCCAUUCCCACCUGCCACUGACCACUCAGUACCUGGAGGGUGUAGAGGUCCUGAAGUCCUUGAGGUUCAUGAUCCCACUGCAGAUGAAAAACAUCCUGAGGAAGAGACUUGCACCCCUUGUAUACGUGCAGUCUGACUGCGACCCCCCUUCUGAUCGGGACAGCUACGUGCGUGAGCUGAUGUGCCACAUCGAAGUAGACUCUUAUGGGGAAUGUCUGCAUAAUAAAGACCUUCCUCAGCAUCUCAGGAAUCCGUCUGCCAUGGAUGAUGGGAACUUUUUAAAGAUACUGGCACAAUACAAGUUCAUUCUUGCUUUUGAAAAUGCUGUCUGUGAAGAUUAUAUCACUGAAAAGCUCUGGCGGCCGCUGAAGCUGGGAGUGGUACCAGUGUACUUUGGGUCUCCCAGUGUUAUAGACUGGCUUCCCAGUAACAGGAGUGCAAUCUUGGUCUCCAGCUUUUCACACCCUCGGGAGCUGGCCCACUAUAUCAAAACACUGGAUAGAAAUGAUGAAGAGUACGAGUCCUACCUACAGUGGAAACUGAAAGGGGACAUCUCCAACCCAAGACUGCUUACAGCAAUGAAGGAACGCAAGUGGGGAGUGCAAGAUGUCACCCAGGACAAUUACAUUGACACCUUUGAGUGCAUGGUGUGUAACAGAGUGUGGGAAAACAUCAGACGGAAAGAAAAGGGAUGGCUGCCCCGGAGGUGGGAGGCUCAGGUUAACCAUCUGAGCUGCCCCAAACCAGAGGCGUUCUGGUUCUCAUCCUCAAACCCUGGCUGGACUUCUCUCCAAAAGCUGUGGAUACCAAGCUUCGAGCAAUCCAAGAAAGAAGCCUUGGCGCUGAGGCACUUGGUGGAAAGGAACAGGAAUUUUACAACUCAAGAAUUCUGGAUGCUUGUAUUCAAAGAAUAAACACAAUGAUCUAUAAGAGUGGGCUCCUCAGAGGAGUCUGUAAAAUUUUCUUUUGUAAGUGACCUUAUCACUUAGGAUUAGUAGCCAUAACAAGUAGACCUGUAAGACUGAAUUUGGUGUGUUCAGUGCUCAAGGGUCACUAAGAAAUGCUAAACAAUAAAAUUACACUUCCAGGUAA